AAGACGGAACCCAAACAGACGAGCAGCACGCAGCUUCACAAAACACGGGACACAUUAUAUAUUAUUAUUAUUAUAUUAUUUCGCUCACAGAGCUUUACUGUCAGAUAAUAAACAAAGCAGUGGCCAGCAGAGUGAGGAGGAGGAGGAGGGACCAUGCCGAAGAAAGCAAAGAAAGGUGGAGGAGCUAAAGGUGGUGGUGCAAAGACGGAGGAGGAGAGACUGCUGUACCUUCAGCAGAGAGCUCAGGCUGAGGAGGAGAUGGCCAAGAAGAAAGAAGAGAUCCUCACACUCUUCCUCAAGGACAAGCUGCAGAAGGAAGAGAGGAACACUGCAAUGAACUUGCUGAAGCUGAACGACGGCUGGCGGUCGAUUCUCCGUCAGACUCGAGCUGCUGAGCUGCGUAAAGACAUCACGGUGCUCAGUCAGACGUUUGAGAAGCACCUGGACGGCCUGGACAGCGUCAUCAAGCAUCUGGAGCGUGACCUGCAGGAGGCGGAGCGCCAGUCGGCUCAGGUGCGGCGUAUUCACCUGCAGCAUAUGGAGCAGCUGUGGGCUCAGCAGGCCAAACAUUUGACGUUUGUGCAGCAGCAGUGGGAGGCCGGCCUGCAGCACCUCAGCACCAGGUUCAGCUCUGAGAGGAAGCAGAUAUUGUUGCACUCUGAGCAGCAGCGAGCUGAUCUGGAGGACGCAACGUUCACGGUGGAGCAGCAACACAAAACAGUGAUGAGUGAAAUCCACCGACUGUACCGUGAAAGCAUCGCAUCGUACGAGAGCGCUCAUGAAGACAGGAAGGCUGCUCUGGACCUGGAGGACAUGGACAAGCUGAAACAGAAGACCCUUCAGCACCAGGAAGCUGUGCAAAUGUGCAGCAAGGAAACAAAGGCGCUCGACAUCCUGCUCUCCAAGCACCAACAGUUCCUCCAGAUGGCCGACGCAGACAUGAAGAAGGCGAAGAGGCUGCAGGAUAUUGCCAUUCAGCUGAGGGCGAAGAUGAACUACAGUAAAAUUGAAAACCAGUCGGUGGAACAAGAUCUGAACGCUGCCAGAAAUAAGGUAAACAGGAAGACUCAUAUGCUCCGGGACCAGCUGACUCAGGCUCAUACAGCGGCCAGAAAACAGCUGACUGACCUCACCGUCCAGAGCGACAAGGCCGCCAAGAAACUGCAGGCAGUCAUCUCCAAGGUGAAACGUCUCACAUGCAGUCUGUCCACUGUGUAUUUCCUCCUGUGUGUCCUCUCUGUACUCAUUUUCACUGUGGUGAUCCAGGGUGAGAAGGUUUUACGUGUCGCCGAAAUGUGUCGCAAGCUGGAGAGCGAGGAGAAGCAAGUCUUAUCAUCAGUAUUCCCUGCAGACGACGUCAGACAGGAGAGAGCAGGACCUGAGACAGAGGAACCAGCAAAGGAGAUACCCGAGUUGCAGCAGGUGACGUGGUGCAUCAACGCUGCCGUGCUGCAGCGGGAAGCUCUGAAGAAACAGAAGGCCGAUUUGAGCCGUGAAAACCAGCAGCUGAGGCUCCUGCUUCGUCAGCACCUGGACGCCAUGACGGUCAGCGGCGACACCCUCGACGGACGACACAAUCUGCUCACCGUGCACCAGGCCCCGGCUGCCGCGGCCCCACCGGACCCCACCAGACGCCACAAUGUCAUUGAAGCUGUUCACGUUGUCAAACACUCACUCUAGGACUGUUACUGCAGGAAACACUGAAUUACAAACAUUUUCCAAAAAAAAAAGCUGCACAGUUAAAUAAUACCCGGUACUUUUAAUUUUGUUGGUGUUUUCUUUCGUGAUAUAUCAAAAUAAACACUGAUUUCUUAGUAUAAUAUUAUAAAUUCAAGGUUAAUUACUUAACUUUUCCCAGCAGCUUUCAUCAGCUGAUGAGGCUUGCUCAGGUGUUCCUGAUUGUCUUUUCGAGUGUGGGGAAAUCCUGCAGCCAGAGUACUCACCUGGACAACAUCACUUAAAAUACAAAAUUUCAAAAUAUGCUCACUGUUUACAAAUCACUUAAUGGUCUCGCCCUGACCUGCCUACAAACCCUUCAGAACUCUCAAAUCGUCAGACACCGGUCUCCCAACUGAACCCAAGAAGUGAUGAUGAUGAUCAGAUGUACAACACCUGUGCUGUAUUUAAAAAGCAGACCUUCCCGUUGUCUCACGCAUACGGCUACACUGUGUCUCCACCUGUCUUGUCUGUCUCUGGGUAUGUGAGUGGGGGGGGGGGGGUAAAUAAUUAUGAUUUUACUUUGUUCAUAUUUGUUGUCGGUUAACUCACAUUGUAUGAAAUGUACUAUAUAAAUAAAGUUGAUUUAACUAGAGGCUCAAAUCCCAAAAUAUUGAAGCUGUUCUGAACGCAUCACGGCUCUGGUUUCGGGAAUUUCAGUUCCUUAAGUUUGGUACAAAAACACAGAGCCGCAACUAUUGAUUAUUUUCAUUAUCGAUUAAUUUUUAAAUGUGAAAAUUGGGGAAAAAUUUCCGUUACAACUUUUUAGAGCCCAACUUCUUUAAAUGUCUGAAUAACAGUCUAAAACCCAAAGAUAUUCAGUUUACUGUGAUAAAAGAAAUUGAAAA